ACCCACGCGCGCGCACCCAUCCACGAUACCAUUCCCUUUCAUUUUUUUGAAACAAGAAAUUCCAUUCCCUUUCCGAUUCCACUCGCAAAGGUGGGCGGCGUCGCGCUCGGCCCGCUCGCGAUGCACACGGGCGGCGCUUGCUCCCGCGAGGAGAGCCUCCUGGACCGCAGCGCCGACGACGCCGCCGCCAUGGAAGGGGCCGGCGAUUACGAGCACCACCACCACCCGCUCAGGGUGUUCUUCCGGGACGCGAGGCUCGCGUUCAGCUGGGACGAGCUCGGGCAGGAGAUCAUGGGGAUCGCGGUGCCCGGCGCGCUCGCGCUCAUGGCCGACCCGGUCGCCUCCCUCGUCGACACCGCCUUCAUUGGCCACAUAGGUCCGGUUGAACUCGGAGCUGUAGGUGUAGCAAUUGCUGUGUUUAAUCAAGUUUCAAGAAUUGCAAUAUUCCCCCUUGUUAGUGUCACAACAUCAUUUGUUGCUGAGGAGGAUGCUAUGUCCAAUGGCAGAGACAAAGACAAAAUAAAUCAAGAAAAUGAACACGCUGUUUCUAAUAGUGAAAUGGAGGAACUGAUUUCUUCUGAAGAGGCUAGUGCCACUACCAGCAAAUCAUCUUUUGAAACUGACUCAUGCGAGGUCAAUAUUGAGCAAAAGAGGAAAAACAUUCCAUCAGUCUCUACAGCACUACUACUUGGUGGGGUGCUCGGCCUACUUGAAACCCUACUGUUUGUUCUCUCUGCAAAACCUAUCUUAGGCUACAUGGGUGUAACACCGGAUUCUGCUAUGAUGAAGCCCGCAUUACAGUACUUGAUUCUCAGAUCUCUUGGUGCUCCUGCUGUUCUUUUAUCUUUGGCAAUGCAAGGAGUCUUCCGUGGACUUAAGGAUACGAAGACGCCUCUAUAUGCAACUGUGGCUGGAGAUGCUAUCAAUAUAGUUUUGGACCCAAUAUUUAUGUUUGUGUUCCAAUACGGUGUCAGGGGUGCGGCCAUUGCUCAUGUUGUAUCACAAUAUUUUAUUGCAUCCAUACUCUUAUGGAGAUUAAGGCUACAUAUUGAUUUGUUGCCACCCAGCUUGAAACACCUGCAGUUUGGUCGGUUUCUUAAAAAUGGUUUUCUGUUGCUUGCACGAGUUAUUGCCGCAACAUGUUGUGUGACACUAUCUGCGUCAAUGGCUGCACGACUAGGUUCAACUCCAAUGGCUGCAUUCCAGAUCUGCUUGCAGACCUGGUUGGCUUGUUCGCUCCUUGCGGAUGGAUUGGCUUUUGCUGGUCAGGCUAUACUUGCAAGUGCAUUUGCUCGUAAGGACUAUCCAAAGGCUACUGCCACAGCUUCGCGUGUCUUACAGCUGGCAUUGGUUUUGGGACUUCUCCUAAGCAUACUUCUUGGUAUUGGUUUGCGUAUAGGAUCUGGGUUAUUUACACGUGAUCAGGGUGUACUGCAUCAUAUCUACAUAGGAAUACCGUUUGUCUGUCUUACUCAACCAAUCAACGCUUUGGCUUUUGUUUUUGAUGGUAUCAAUUAUGGAGCGUCAGAUUUUGGAUAUGCUGCCUACUCAAUGGUCCUUGUUGGUAUUGUCAGUAUCAUUUGCAUACUCACUCUAGCAAGUUAUAGCGGUUUUACUGGAAUUUGGGUAGCUUUGGUGAUCUACAUGAGCCUCCGGAUGUUUGCUGGAUUUUGGAGGAUAGGGACUGCACAAGGGCCAUGGACUUUUCUUCGCAGCUGAACAUCAGUGCACAACUAAAAAUAUAACGUAUUUCUGUUCGUCAAAAAUAUAACGUAUUUCUCGAACAAAACAGGAAGCAGUUAACCAGCAUGAUGCCCCAUUCUUUAGGACCGUAUAGACUCUAUGCGAGCUUCUAGCAUGUGUAAGGCGAGAACAGGGCAGUCGUAUGCUCUUGUACAUAUGGAUUCUUUACACUUAACGCAGUAAAAUAAUAUGUCCUUACUAUAGUUGGAAGUUAAACAAGGAUAGCUAUUUUUAAUCA